CGCACAUGUGACCGACCAGGAAGUGAGUGGAGAGGAGGAGAAUCACAACAACAGAGCAGAACUACUACAGCUUUGACAGCUCGCCGCCGAAACACGCUUUUUUUCCCGUUGAUACCGACAUGUCACGAAAAGCCAAAGAAGAAUAUCACCGGUUCUUCACCGUUACUGACACACGUACACACGAGAAGGGACACACGGAAUAUAAAGUGACAGCAAGGUUUGUGUCCAAGCGUCAUCCGGAAGAUGUGAAGGAAGUGGUCGUGUGGAGGAGGUUCUCAGAGCUGAAGAAGCUCCACGGGGAGUUGGCCUACACACACAGGAACCUGUUCAGACGACAGGAGGAGUUUCCACCGUUUCCCCGUGCACAAGUUUUUGGAAGGUUUGAUGAGGCUGUGAUUGAGGAGAGGAGGAAGGCUGCAGAAGCCAUGCUGCUAUUCACUAUUAGCAUUCCUGCACUCUACAACAGCCCACAACUGAAGGACUUCUUCAGAGGUGGUGAGGUCACAAGGCCCAUGGAUCCCUCCCUUGUAGCCUCCGCUGGGCCUCUGCCUCCCCCUCUCAUCCCCCUCCCCAAGCGGAGAGCCUCAGACUGUGAGCCCGCAGAAGAAGAGGAGGGGAGGGAAGCGCCCACUUUACCCCAGGAUCUGGGCACCAACCUGGGAUUAGAAGUGGGAGAACCGGAGGUGGCAGCUGAAGCCUACAGCGAGAUGGGAGGCUCUCCGAGAGAAGAAGAAGAAGGAGGAGAUGAUUUAAGCGAUACAGAGCUGGAUGACAGAGUCCCGUCCCCCGACCCAUCUCCAGCCAGAACCCACCAAUCACAAGAGUCUCAGGAAGAGUUUGAUUCACUUUUUGACUCUGUGGCAGAAGAGCAUGUCCCAUUCCCAAAGGAGGAAGGUCCACCUCCACUGUCUGAUAAUGACUUGGCUGUCUUUGAUCCCUGCUAUAAACAAGAAAGAUCCAAUUCCUCCAGUGACCACUCAGAAUUGUUCUCACUGCCGUCGACCAAUCUAGAAGGAGACGCGGGUUAUUUGAACCAAGCGGCCACUGAGCUCACAGCUGCCAUGGAGAGAGAGAAGGAGGGAGAAUUUAGUUCUGCCAUACGUGGAUACAGGACGGCGGUGGAUAUACUGAUCACUGGAGUACAGGGUGACCCAGACCCGGCACGCAGGGAGUCUGUGAUGAGAAGGACAGCCCAGUACCUAAAACACACUGAGAUGUUGGUGGACAGGCACGCCUCGCCCACACACACUCACACACCUACCCACACACAUGCACAGGACCCUUAGAUGCACACACACACAUAUAUUUAUACACA